AUGAUGAAGCCGAGCAACUGCUCGCAAGAUGGCGAAAGCAACAUCAGCCCCAACACCAGCAAGAACCUCGAGGUCCAGCUCGUGCUGUCCUUGGUGAUUGGUAUUUCGGCCUUCUUCCUCUUUUGUUUCCUUCGCCCAAGAUGGCCGUCCCUUUAUGCCGCCCGAAAACGUCGCCUCGAUCAUCAGCUCGGUCUACCAUCUCUGCCGGACUCUACAUUUGGAUGGAUCCCCAAGGUCUAUAACAUCACCGAGGAGCAAAUCUUGGCUUCUGCUGGUCUCGAUGCCUUUGUGUUCCUGAGCUUCUUCAAGAUGGCGAUACGUCUCCUUACUGUCAUGGUGUUUUUCGCGACGGUUAUAUUGUUGCCGAUCAAUACUGUCUAUGAUAUUGAGCACACGGUGCUUGGAGGCGACCGCAACAACACCAACUCCAGUUUGUUCUACGAACCAGGCCCGGGCUCAUUCCCAGAUUCCAACUUUCUCAGCACGCUCAAAGAUAAGGAGGACACAGAAGACAAGAGCUGGAAACUACAUUGGCUGUGGGCAUAUGUUACCUUCACUUACUUCUUUACCGGGUUGACAAUCUACUACCUUAACUUAGAGACAUUCCGCGUCAUCAAAUUUCGCCAGGAUUAUCUCGGCUCACAGUCAACCGUCACAGACAGGACGUUCCGGCUUACAGGCAUUCCCGAAGACAUGAGAUCGGAAGAAGCAAUCAAGAACCUCAUCGAGAAACUUGAGAUUGGGAAUGUCGACAAGGUUGUGCUCUGUCGGGAAUGGAAGCAACUUGAUGAUCUAAUGGCGGCACGAGACGCUACUUUGAGAGGACUUGAGGGUGCUUGGGCUACCUUCCUUAAUCACCAACGCCAGAAGAGGAAGGACAAUGGAAACCAAAGAAGACGUAACAACGUGCUAUCUCGAGGCAGGCAUCAAGACCAAGAAGAUGAUGAGCAAUCUGGAGAAAAUGGACGCCUUCUGGACUCGGAACAAGAGCCUUGGGACUCGGGAGACGAAGGGAGGCCUAAAGUCAACAUACGUUACGGUGCUCUCGGCUUACGAUCUCGCAAUGUGGACGCUAUCGACUACUAUGAGGAAAGACUUCGAGUGUUGGACUCUAAGGUUACUGAGGCUCGCAAAAAACCGUACAAACCCACAGAUAUGGCAAUCGUCACCAUGGACUCGGUUGCCGCGUGUCAGAUGGCCAUUCAGGCGCGCAUCGACCCCAGACCAGGCCGACUGUUGACCAAGUUGACUCCAGCCCCGUCGGACCUUGUUUGGAGGAACACGUACGCGCCUCGUGGUAUUCGUCGUCUCAAAUCCUGGGUCGUGACGCUGUUCAUUGUCGUCCUCACUCUCGUUUUCAUCUCUCCUACUGCUUUCCUGGCCAGUUUGUUAAGUAUCUGCACAAUCGAAAAGGCGGCCCCUCAGUUCGGUGCGUGGCUGAAAGAACACACAAUCAUCUUUUCUCUGGUUCAAAACGGGUUGCCUGCCCUAGUUGUCUCGCUUCUCAACGUUGCUGUUCCUUAUCUGUACGACUUCCUCUCCAAUCACCAAGGAAUGAUUUCGCAGGGCGAUGUGGAGCUCUCUGUCAUCUCCAAGAACUACUUCUUCACCUUUUUCAAUACCUUCUUUGUCUUCGCAGUCUCCUUGACCGGUUUUAAAUUCUUCACAGAGUUGCAGGGUCUAGUUAAGGACACAAGCAAGAUUCCUCAAGCCAUCGCGGACGAUGUGGAGAAGCUAUCACUCUUCUACAUUUGCUUCAUCAUGUUGCAGGGCAUUGGCCUUAUGCCCUUCCGAAUUCUUGAGGCAGGAAGCGUCUUCCUCAACCCGAUUUAUAGGUGGCUAGCCAAAACACCACGCGACUAUCUUGAGCUCAAAAAGCCACCGGUUUUUCAGUACGGCUUCUAUCUCCCUACUUCUCUGCUCGUUUUCAACCUAUGCAUCAUCUACAGCGUUCUGCACUCCGGCUUCAUCAUUCUUAUCAUGGGAAUAAUUUACUUUUGCCUAGGCCACUUUGCCUUUAAGUACAUGUUGUUGUAUGCUAUGGACCAACCUCAACAUGCUACCGGGGGUGCGUGGAGGAUAAUAUGCUAUCGCGUUAUCGUCGGGUUGAUUGUGUUUCAGGUUGUCAUGGUGGGCCGAAUCGCCGCAUGGAAGGCAUUCAUCCAGUCGGUUUGCGUUCUGCCGCUGAUUCCAUUCACCAUUUGGUACACCUAUUAUAUCAAGCGACGUUUCGAACCUUUGACCAAAUACAUUGCUCUCCGCGCCGUCAGAGUAGACCAGGAUCCGGAUGAUGCAGCUGCAUUGGAUGAUGCUUUCCAAGACGAGGAAGUACAAAGGCCUUCCCAAACCAUUCUUCGUAGGGGGAGUACACUUGAUGAGUACAAGGAAAAAGGGUUACAAUUUGUUAACCCUAGCCUUAUUGUCCCGCUUCCACAGCCGUGGAUCUACGACGAGCCACCUCCGCCAAUCCCCACAGAUGAUACCCAGACGACCGAGGAAGGUGAACGACCUGUUUUACAGGGCGUUGACAGCUCACUUGGUAUAGGGGAAGAUAAUGUCUGGCGAGACAAUGGAGGAAGUAAUGUCUAA